UCAGAAGCAGAGGAGGGGGCUGUGCUGAGCUUGGGCAGGACCCUGGCCAGGCCAGGGCAGGCAAGAGGGAAGGAGCGCUGGGUGCCGGUGGCACCUUCCUGGGGGUCGUUGACGAGGGUGCCUGGCGACCAGAUUCUUUAGGUGCACUCAGAGGAUCAGGCAGCUUCUGACUCUCCAAACCUGCCAUGACACUCGGGGCCAGAGCCUGGCAUCUCAGGCUGUAGGAGCCUGGAUUUGGGUUUCUUGCUUCCCGCUGCCUGACCUGGAGAUCAUGGAGUCCAACCUGCAGGGGACCUUCCUGCUGAACAACACACCGCUGGCCCAAUUCUCAGAGAUGAAAGCUCCCGUGUGUCAGUACUCCAUGCAGAACUCCUUCUACAAGCUCAGCCCCCCGGGGCUGGGCCCCCAGCUGGCUGCCGGGACCCCCCAUGGAAUCACGGACAUCCUCAGCAGGCCAGUGGCCACGCCGAAUAGCAGCCUCCUUUCCAGCUACCCCCACAUGGCCAGUUUCAGUGGCCUUGGCUCCCAGGGGGUCUACUAUGGCACCCAGGUGGGUAAUUUUCCCAAGUCUGGGAACGAGUACCCCACGCGGACCCGGAACUGCUGGGCAGACACAGGCCAGGACUGGCGCAGCGGGCGGCAGUGUGGUGACGCCCCAGACCCCCUGAGUGACAGCGUCCACAAGAAGAAGCACACCCGGCCCACCUUCACAGGGCACCAGAUCUUUGCCCUGGAGAAGACCUUUGAGCAGACCAAGUACCUGGCUGGCCCCGAGAGGGCGAGACUGGCGUACUCCUUGGGCAUGACCGAGUCACAGGUCAAGGUGUGGUUCCAGAACCGCAGGACCAAGUGGCGCAAGAAAAGCGCCCUGGAGCCUUCCUCCUCCACCCCGCGGGCCCCGGGGGCUGCGGGCACUGGAGGGGACCGCGCCCCCUCGGAGACAGAGGACGACGAGUACAACAAGCCCCUGGACCCCGACUCGGACGACGAGAAGAUCCGGCUGCUACUCCGCAAGCACCGCGCCGCCUUCUCGGUGCUCAGCCUAGGCGCGCACAGUGCGUGAGGCUCGGUGCGGUCCUGUCCUGCCCUGCCGAGCCUGGCUGCCCUUCCCUCCCGCGCGCCUGGCAGCGGAGAGGCUGGAAGCCCCGGGGAGGAGAGGGGCGGAGGACAGGGUGACCACGCACACGCCUCCCGGGGAGGGAGACCUGCACACCGCCAGGCACGGAGACGGCUCUGCCACUGGGAGGCUUGAAGGUGGGCCCAGGACCUGCUGCUGAGACCCCAGGUGGGGGCCGCCUGCUGGGAACCAGGGGACAGGGCAGGGGCCAGAGGCGGAGAGGUGGAGCUGCUCUCCAGGAGCAUUCCUCUUCUGGGUGCAGGAUCAGUCCAUCCCAUAAUCUAGGCUGCACAAAACCACCUCUGCAGAGCACGUGGGUCCAACCUUGACCCCCGCCCCCACUGAGCCCUGAGCUGCAGGGUCUUCCUCCCCUCUGUCCACCUUAUUCUCGCGGGCUGGAAAGGGGAGGUUGCACAGUGGGCUGAGAAAGGAGGAGAGAUCCUAGAGCGAUGCCCUGCCUGAGAGUCCCUGGGCACCCCAUGUGCCCAAGGACAGGAAGGCCCAGGACAGGAGAAUGCCCUGAGGGGAAGGGAGAAGAGGCUGGGAGGGCCCCAGACACCCUGCUUCUCCUGCUGGAGCACCAGACAGGGAGAAUGGCAGGGAGGCCCCAGACAGACUAGCCCCCUUUCCUGGGAUCACCCUUUGGCCUGGGGGUGGAGCUGCAGCCAGUGGAAGGCACCAGCACAGGUUGUCUUCUACA